GAGUAUACUCUGCGAAAACGAGUUACUCUGUUGACAAGCGGAACCAAUUCUCCACCUAGAGAAACCUGUGACCAGGAGCCUUGAAAUCCCACCCCCAUAAUCGCAACCAACUCCUCGAGUCCUAACUUAGUUCUGCCUCCCGACGCCGGCUAACCUGUUCUUGAGCAGCGAACGAAGCGUUUCGCCUGGAAUCGCAAUCCGCCAGUGCUUGGAAAUCAAAGAGGCGGCUACACGUCCCGUUGGCUCUGAUUUGAUCAGCAAUGUCUAUAUUCUCGAAAAUCAAGGCCGUCGAUUUCUACCGGAGAAUACCUCGCGACUUGACGGAGGCGUCGCUAUCCGGCGCUACCUUAUCGCUUGUCGCCGCCAUAUGGAUCGUCGUGCUAGUCUGGCUCGAGCUGCGGGCGUUCCUGACAGUGACGACGAGCACCACAGUGAUCGUGGAUCAGAGCCCCAACACGGACCUUCUGCGGAUCAACUUCAACUUCAGCUUCCCAGCGCUCUCCUGCGAGUUCGCAUCAGUUGAUAUCACUGAUGUCAUUGGCACGGCACGGUACAACCUGUCUCGCACGCUGCGCAAGCACCCCAUAGACGCGGCGCUGCGCAUCGUGGGGCCGCAGCACCACCCGGACCCGAUACCGGAGCUGCAGCGGGGGGGAAACGAGGGCGGCGAGGAGGAGGAGGCGCAGCGCCAGUUGGCGGAGGAGGGCAUCGCGAGCGGGGGGGAGGCUGGGGAAAAGCAGUACGUGGGGUCGCUCGUGCUGGACUCCAGGACGUUUGACGCUGCCACUAAACAGUACCCCAUUCUCAUUGUCAACUUCUUUGCCCCGUGGUGCCACUGGUGCCAACUGCUGGAACCGGCAUGGGAACAAGCAGCAACAGUCAUGAGUCAAAAGUAUCACCCGGACCAUGAUGGUCGCAUCCGAUUGGCCAAGGUGGACUGCACCAUGGACGCCAACCUCUGCUUCAGCCACCAUGUGCAGGGUUACCCGUCCAUCCGAGUGUUCCGCAAGGGCGACGAUUCGAUCAUGAGGGAGCAUGGGCAGCAUGACCAUGAGUCGUACUACGGUGAACGCGACACCCUCUCCCUCAUCGCUUUUUCCGAGUCCCUAGUUGCAGCAGCGCAAGCGGCGGCAGCAGCAGCAGGAGGGGGGGCGGCCUUGCCUGGUGCCGACCCUGCAGCAGCAGCAGCAUCUGACCCGAACCGGCGCCGGGCGCCACAGGCUGCAGGGUGCCAGAUAGAGGGCUUUGUGCUGGUCAAAAAGGUGCCAGGCAACCUGAUGGUGCACGCCAACUCGCCGUCGCACUCCUUUGAUGCCGCCGCCAUGAACCUCUCGCACGUGGUGCACCACCUGUCGUUCGGGCGGCAGCUGCCCGCGCGCAAGCGGCAGCACGUGGAGCGCCUCAUGCCGCUGCUGCACCUGAAAGACGGCCGCCUCAACAAUCACACCUUCACCUCGCAACACGAGCGAGUCACCCACGAGCACUUUCUGCAGCUGGUGUUGACGGAGGUGCGGCGGCCGUCGUUCCUGUCGUCAGCCACGCUGCCGGCCACCACGAGCAGCACGAGCCGCGAGUGGAACCGGCACGCGCUGCACGCCUUUGACUUCACCGUGCACAGCCACACGCUGCAGCGCCCUGAUGAGCUGCCUGCUGCUCGCUUCCACUAUCUGCUCUCGCCCAUGCAGGUGGUUCUUACUGAGACCAGGGCUUCCCUUGCUGGAUUCCUCACCAAUCUCUGUGCCAUUAUUGGAGGAGUUUUCACGGUUGCUGGCAUUGUGGACGGGAUGCUACAUGGUGCUGUACGUGUAGCCAAGAAGAUUCAACUUGGAAAGAACUCUUAGAGCACAAAGCUUUUGCGGUGAUUUUAGUUGGGCUUGCGCCUAUUGCAAUGCUGUUUCACACGGUACAGUCUGUUACCGUACCAGCUGAACUAAAGCUUCAGUGUUUGGUUAUCAUCAGAUGUAAGCUGCUUUGUGCCCGAGAUGCAAGCUACGAACAUACCAUCCAAUGUUAUCUCAUUGAGUACACCCUUAGCGGUGCAGACCUUGGGCACAGAUGCGUGCACCUUGCCC